AUGAAUGAAGAACAAGAACAUUCAAAUAAUCAAGAUUCGUGUAAUGAUAUAGAUGAAAAUCAUGAACGAUUAUAUAAUUCAAAUAUAGAUUCGCAAAUAAGACCACAACAAUUACCAAUUCAAUCACGAUCUCAAAAUAUUUCAUUAAAUUCAACUCCUUCAACUUCUCCUAAACAACCUAUAUAUAAGAAGAAACAUUCAAAUUAUAAUAGAGUAUAUAAUAACAUUUAUUCAUCAUCACAAAUUAAUCCAAAUUAUUCAUCAACAAAUUUAUCAAAAAUAAAUCAAAAUAAUCAAAAUAAUGGUAUAUAUUCUCAAUAUAAUGAUUCAAAUAUUUCAAUAAAUUCAAUUCCAAUAGCUUUACCUUCACCUCCAUUAUCUUCAACAAAUUCUUAUAUUUCAAUUAAAAAUAUUAAUAAUAAUUUACCAUUAUCACCACCAUACUCAGAAUCAACUUCACCUGAACCAUUAAAAUUAGAUUAUAAUAAUUUAGAACAUGUCAAUAAUAAAUUAUUAUUAGAUAAUAAUAAUCAACAACAACAAAAUAUUAAAAAUAAAAUAAUAAAUAAUAUAUCAGAAAUUUUACCACCAAUAAAUUAUAAAAUUUGUUCAUUAUGUUUAAUUUGGUAUUUUUUUUCAAUUAUAUCAUCAAAUUCAAUAAAAUUAAUUUUAAAUAAUUAUAAAUAUCCAAUAACAGUUACUCAAUUUCAAUUUACAAUGAAUAUUUUAUUAAGCUUAAUAAUUUUAAAUUUAUCAAAUAAUUUUAAUUUUAUUAAUAAAAUUAUACCAAAUAGUAUAUUACCAAUUAAUAAAUCAAUAUCAAAUUUUAUAAAACCAACGAAAUUAAUACUUGCAACUACUUUACCAAUGGGAUGUUUUCAAUUUAUUGGUCAUUUAACUAGUCAUAAAGCAACUUCAAUGAUUCCUGUUUCAUUAGUUCAUACUAUAAAAGCAUUAAGCCCAAUUGUUACAGUAUUAAUUUAUAGAUUUUUAUUUAAAAAAGAUUAUCAACCAAGAACUUAUAUUACUUUAAUUCCAUUAAGUAUUGGUAUUAUGAUGACUUGUUAUAAACCUAAAAAGAUUAAAGUAGUAAUACCAGGUCAAAUUUUAAAUCCUGAUCAAACAUUACUUAAUAAUAAUAAUUAUAUAUAUGGUUUAACAUUUGCAUUUUUUUCAAUGUUAAUUUUUGUUAGUCAAAACAUAUUUGCUAAAAAUAGAUUAACUUCUGCAUCAACUACUUCAACUUCAGAAAUUCCAUUAUCAAAAGCAGGUACAAAAAAAUUAGAUAAUUUAACUAUUUUAUUUUAUUGUUCAAUUGUUGGUUUUAUUUUUACUUUUCCAAUUUAUAUAACUUCAGAAUUUAUAAAUCCAGUUUUUUCAUUAUUUCAAUUAAAUUCAAAUAUUUUAUUUUUGGUAAUUUUAAAUGGACUAAGUCAUUUUUCCCAAUCAAUUUUAGCAUUUCAAAUUUUAGGUUGUUUAUCACCAAUUGAUUAUUCUAUUGCAAAUAUAUUAAAAAGAAUUUUUAUAAUUUUGAUUUCAUUUAUUUGGGAAUUGAAAAAUUUUACUCCUUUACAAUCUUUGGGAUUAAUUAUAACUUUAUUUGGAUUAUAUUGUUAUGAUAGAUGGGGUACUAAACGUAAAAAUAUUAUAAAAGAUAUUGAUGAUAAUUAA